AACCAGAUUCUCCAGGUGUGAAGUAAGCAAUCUAUUCUCAUUUGAUAUUAACAGCAAAAGUACGACUUUAUCUCUAACUUAUUUGACUUCUCUAUUUGACUUUCAAUUAACUAUAUAAAAACCAUGCAGAAAUUAGCCUGUGACUUGUAAGACAGACAUUUAAUUGAUCAAAACAUUACAUGAGAUGAAUUCAGAACGUCUCUCAAAGGCUAAACUCCAACACCGCAGGUGAAAAAACGACGAAAGGAACGAGAGAAAGGAGGAAAGGGAAGAUGAAAGACCGACUUCAAGAACUAAAGCAGAGAACAAAAGAAAUCGAAGUUUCUAAAGAUAGUCACCUGCCAACUACAGAAGCAGAAGAACAAGGGACAUUUCUGCAGCAAGCUGUUAUUUAUGAAAGAGAGCCUAUAACUGAGAGACACCUACAUGAAAUCCAAAAACUACAGGAGAGUAUUAACAACUUGACAGAUGAUGUUCAAAAAUUUGGGCAGCAACAGAAAAGUCUGGUGGCUUCAAUGAGAAGGUUUAGUCUACUUAAGAGAGAGUCUAGCAUUACAAAGGAGAUAAAAAUGCAAGCGGAAAACAUUAACAGGGGUUUGGAUGAUUUAGUUAAAGAAGUCAAGAAGUCAGAGGCUGAAAAUGGUCCAUCAUCAGUGGUCACAAGGAUACUUAAAUCUCAGCAUGCUGCAAUGUUCCGCCAUUUUCAGCAAACCAUGUUUGUAUACAAUGACACAAUAACAGCAAAGCAAGAGAAGUGCAAGACAUUUAUUUUCCGUCAGCUCGAAGUUGCCGGAAAGGAGAUGCCUGAGGAAGAAGUAAAUGAUAUGCUUCAUCAGGGAAAAUGGGAAGUUUUUAAUGAAAGCAUACUUACAGAAAUCAAUAUCACUAAAGCCCAACUUUCAGAGAUUGAACAGAGACACAAGGAACUUGUUAAUUUGGAGAACCAAAUAAAGGACUUAAGGGAUCUUUUCAUUCAGAUAUCUCUUUUAGUAGAGGAACAAGGGGAAACUAUCAACAACAUUGAAAUGAUGGUGAACAGUACAAAAGAAUAUGUUAGCAACACUAAAGAGAAAUUUGGACUAGCUGUAAAAUACAAAAAAAGAAAUCCUUGCAGGGUAUUGUGUUGUUGGUGCUGCCCAUGCUGUAGUUCAAAAUAAAGAAACUAUUUUAAAAAAAAAAGUUUCCUAGUUUCAGGAUAAAGGACGUCUCAUAUUUCAGUGCCUUUGUUUUACUUCAGUUCAGGGAUCCAUUCAUAAGUUUCUCAUCACUGUUAAAUUGUAAUUUUCCUCCUUAAUCUUUACCCACUUGAAUUACAGAAAACUUCCUAAAUUUAUCAUUUGAGAACAUAUGAGUAGUUGAGAAUUCUAUUAAAGGAGACCUCAAAAGGUGUUAUAAUUAAAAACAAAGCAAGCAAUGUAGAAUCUGUAUCAAAUUUUUUAUCCUCAGUCAGAUAAGAGCUCAGUGGUCAACAGAUACUAGAAAAACACAAAUAUGUGCUUGAUGGAAAAAAUCAAAUUAGUAACCAGGAGCUGAAUCUAGCUUAAGAACUAAGAAGGUAAGUUAAGGCACUACCUGCUUGCUUGCUUUUUUUAUUUAUUUGAAAAACAGAGAGAAGGUAUGGGGACAGAGACAGAAAGAGAUCUCCUAUCUGUAAAUUCAUUCCCCAAAUGCCAUGAUGGGCAGGCUUAGGCCAGGGCAAAACCAAGAGUCAGGAACUCCAUCCAGGUCUCCCACAUGAGUGAUGGGGGCUAAAUACCUGAGUCAUAUUCCACUGUCUUCCAAGGCACAUUAGCAGGUGGGUGGAUUGUAAUCAGAGCAAUCAGGACUCAAAUCAGUUGCUCAAUAUGGGAUGCCAGCACUGCAGACAGUGCCUAACCCACUGCACCACAAUGCCAGCCCCAGCACUGUUUUCUUGAAUGUAACUCCAUUCAGGACACCAUACUACAGAGCAUGGGGCCCAGCAGAUACAGUUACAGUAACAACAACUGAACUGUUUUGUCACCACUUUAUGAUGAUGCCAGGCCCUACACUGUAAACUAGAGACAUAGCUUGAACUGACACAGGGGAUAAUUUUGAAACUCACAUUUUAGUGGAGAAAGCAGAUAAAUAUAAUUAUUAAAUAAUGUUAAGCUCUGGGCAAAGACUUAAAGGUGAAACAGAGGCUUGAGAGUGGCUUUUUAUCUUAGGUACUUGUCAAGUGAUGGCCACACUGAAAGGAAAUUUGAGUAUUUAAGUGAAGAUACGAAGGACGAAGAGAAGGGAAAGUAUAUUAUAGGCAUAAGUGACAAAUAGUAGAAAGACUUCAAGAAGGCUAUUACAUACUCUGUUGAAAGGAAAAAUGACAGUAAAGAUGGUGGCAUAAUGGGAAAAAAAAAUGAAGCAACAGGUGAUGUUAAGAAAGUUCAGCAGGGCCUGCUGCUAUGGUGCAGCAGGUUAACGCCCUGGCCUGAAGCGCCAGCAUCCCAUAUGGGCGCUGGUUCUAGUCCCGGCUGCUCCUCUUCUGGUCCAGCUCUCUGCUAUGACCUGGAAAAGCAGUAGAAGAUGGUCCAAGUCCUUGGGCCCCUGCAUCCACAUGGGAGACCUGGAAGAAACUCCUGGCUCCUGGCUUUGGAUUGGCACAGCUCCAGCCGUUGCAGCCAAUUGCGGAGUGUACCAUCGGAUGGAAGACCUCUCUUCUCUCUCUGUGUAACUCUGACUUUCAAAUAAAUAAAUAAGCCUUAAAAAAAAAAAGUCCAGCAGGGGCCGGCACUGUGGUGCAGCGGGUUAAGCCACCAUCUGCAGUGCCAGCAUCCCAUAUGUGCAUUGAUUCAAGUACCAGUUGUUCCACUUCCAACCCAGCUCCCAACUGAUGGCCUGGGAAAGCAGCAGAAGAUGGCCUAAGUCCUUGGGCUGCUGCACUCACCUGGAAGACCCGGAAGAAGCUGCUAGCUCCUGGCUUUGACCUGGCCCAACCCAGGGCCAUUGCAGCCAUUUGGGGAGUGACCAGGGGAUGGAAGAUCUCUCUCU